CCGAUCACUCAUCCAUUCAGAAUCCCUGCACUGUAGAUCAAUAGUUCCACUUCCCCAGACAGUCUCCAAGGUGUCUUUUUUACCUCCUAUGCCCACUGGGGCAAGGAGAUGGAACUGAAAUAGAACAGAGCGAGAGAUCUGAGUCCAUUCAUCACUCCACCCUGCCCACGUGGGUCUGUUUCUCUGCAGGGGCUGAGUCGGUGCGCAACCGGCCAAGUCACAAGGAGCCCCCAGGAAAAGAGCCAAACCCUGGAACAGCAGCAUCAGUUGGUGACCGAGCAGCUCAAGGGCUUGUUCAGACAGAGGCAGCAGCUGCAGUCAGGGAACAGAAAGCUGUCAAGAGACCAGAAGGACGAGUGCUCAGUGGAGCAAUGGGUGAAGAACUCUCAAGUGAAUGCAAGAGGAGCCAUCAAGCCACACGGGAAACCUCCGCAGGAGCUGAAAGAAAAGCAGCAGCCUGUGCCAGGAGAUCUGGGCUUCUCCACCAGCACUGAAGAAGCGCAGAGCCUCAGGCUGCAACUGCAAGAGAAAACGGAAAUGAUUUCUGCCAUGGCCUCUGAAAUCCAGGGACUGCAGCAAAAGAACGAACACCUGAUGAAAGCGAAACUGCGGUUUCAGCAGCAAAUCCAGGACAUCCGCAGCCUCCAGCAGCAGCGACUGGAAAGGAGCGACUCAGACCUGCUGGUUUCUAGGCUCUCCAGCCAACAAGAGCUGGAGAUGGGGCUGAGCCAGCGGAGCGAUGGCUCUGGACCUCUGACUGGCGGUGAUCCCCAUGCUUCCUCCCUCUGCUCCCUGCACAGCAGAGCGGCUCUGUACCUAGCCAAGCAGGUGGUGCUGCCCGAGGCAGGAGAUGAGCUGCGUUGCUUUAGUUCUGAAAGCAGUGGCAGCCAGUCCCACAGGUCCCAGGCAGGGUCAGAACUGCCAGCGCCUCCGCUGAGCAAUCUCCCUGCUGAUUCUGUGACUGGAAAGCUGCCUCCCCCUUCCACACUGCCCCUCCCAGCCUCGACCUCAGCAUCUGGCAAAUCCUCCCCCGAGGCCCGCUCCUCCCCAGUGAGCCCCCGGAGUCAGCCUGGAAGCCAGGAGUCCUCAUAUACUCCCAAGGGGGCAGUGCUGCUCUCGCCGAGACCCUUCCGGGCACAACGACUGGGCUCUCCCUUUAAAUUCAGAGUGAGCCCAGAGCCCCCAGGGGAGAGCUGUGGCAGCUGAAGCACCCUGUCCGUUGAGGUCAGACUAGAUGAUCACAACGGGUCCCUUCUGGCCUUGGAAUCUAUGAAUCCUGCAUGGCUGGGUACACGUGGCUUUGAAUGAUCUGCUCUGUGCCCUCUCCUUGUCCUCUGAGCUGUUCGCCGUAGAGUCUGGCUGGUAAAUGAAUGAACAUAGCAUGUUCUCUUGGAACUGGCUGUUUCCCCCUGGCAGUGGGGAAAGGUGGUCUCCUGACCCCUUGGGUUGGAAUUCAGAUUGGGGGCAUUACCGGGAGGGGCUGUUCUUGCACUAGCCAGGCAACUAAGUCCAACAGUCCUCGAUGCCUCGCCCCGCGCACCUGGGCCUCCUGGAGUAGGGAGCCACCAGUGUGGUCUGUGAGCAGCAAAUGGUUUGAUGUAUGCUACAGGUUCUUCCCCUGCCCUCCUUGCCCAAGCAUCUGAGCACCUACCGCUCAUGCAUUAAGGGAUUUGACUCACUUUUGCCACACGUAGUUCUUGCUUUUGCUCGUCUUCUCCUCAGGGACAGAACUGUGCAGUGGAGUGCUGGGAAACAUACCCCUGCUCUGUGUUUAUAUGGGGAAGGGACGGUCAGAGGGGUGCGCCUGGCACCUAGACCACGAGGUAGGGAGGAUUGUGAUGGUCCUUGGGUUCAUCCCACAGUCUGAGGCUGGCCCCCAAGACAGCUCUGCCUCCUGCAUAGCCGAGCCGAGCUUUACCCUGAAGUUAGGAAGUGCCUUGGUGCCAGAGGAGCAGAGCGCAACCAGGCCCCAGCCCAGAGCUUUAGGUGAUCGUCUACAUAGGCUGGGCCUCUUCUGUUCCCCCUGAGAUAGAGAGCUGCUUCUCCUUCCCUGGAAGCUCAGCCUCCUGAGGGAAAGGAGGCCAUAGAUAGAGUACCCCAAGCUACACCAGCUGCACUGCUCAGCUGCUCCAUUGAGGAACAGACAGCAGAGCAGGCCCUCGUAGCUCACUGCCUCCAGUUCCCUCGUCCCUAGCAGCCCUGCCUUCAGAGUCAUCAGGCAAUGACCACUGGAUGGGCCGACCUUUUGCACUGUAAGCCAGAUCUCCCUUACUGCUCACCGCUGUGCUGCCACAGCCCUUGCAAAGAGCUGGAAGAGUUGGUGGAGGGGGCAGGUGCCUCACUGGCAGAGUUUGGGUUUCCCAGGGAACUGGGGUUCAGUGGUGGGCAGCUAAGGAUUGUCAGCAUAGUCACAGAUGGAUUUGAUUUUUGUGAAGGCCUGAUGCCCUCUGAAGCAGGCCUUGAUCCUCUCCCCCAGCUCUCCAUGCUGCCCUGUGCUUGCUGUGAAAACCCCUUGGCAUCGGGCGCCGAUCGCUAUCCCUGCGGCUGAUUUCUGGGGUGGGAGCGAAUCCCCACUCUCACUAUUCUGCUUCCUGUGUGGAUAAUGUGUCUGUCUUCC